AUGAGUCCUGUGCUUGUGAUGUCCGUCCUUCUGGGUGUACUGACUAUAGGCGAGGCUCGCAUCAACAGAGAUCUGCAGGACCAGGUAAUAGGAGACCUGCAACAGGCCGCCUGUCCGUACUGCCAGCUGUGCGUGACCAGACAGACGUGUAAGAGCGCCCUCGGGCGGCCGGUGUGUAACGUGCUCUGUGGGAUCUGCAAGCACGCCGACUGCCAGGCGCAUCCGCCCACGGAGGAGCCGUUAUCCCCGGUGGACGGCCAGUGGGGCACGUGGAGCAGCUGGGGCAGCUGUAGCGCCACCUGCGGGGCCGGUACACACACCCGCCGUCGCACCUGCACCGACCCUGCGCCCGAGAACGGCGGCGUGAGCUGCUCUGGGAACGAGCUGGAGACUCAGGCGUGUCAAACCGGCGUGACCUGUCCGGAAACCCUCAAAAGAAUAUGA